AUGCUCACCAGGUGCCGGUACCCACGUAUUCAAAAAUUUUCAUAUCGGUACCUGCAUUUGGCCUCAAAACUUGAAAUGCCUUCACCCAAUCCUAUCCGUUCUCCUCCGUGGCACACGCUAACUAGAUUCGGUUCUCUUGGGCCCGCUGGAUGCUUGGGUUCCUCACCAGCAAUGGACAAUUUAGCUCCGGCAAUGGUUGUUGGGCACGGUUGUUUCGACCGUUUUGACUACACGCGUCCGCGUUCCGGACCAGGUUGA